CCUGAGGCGGAUGCGGCUUCCCGGGGAGCGUGGGGCGGGCAGGGUCCAUCGAUACUGGACCGCUAUCGAUAACGAGUGCUAAUCGAUAAGGGACCCCAGAUCCCUUCUGCUCCGCUCACCAAGCCCCUCUCGCCCUCAGGCGGAGCCGCACAAGCCUCUCCCGCUCUGGCGCUAUGGACAGGAACGUGAAGGAGAACCACGCCGCGUACCCAGGCCGCGCUGCCAAGGUCGCCAAUCCCAUCGGGGAUGCCCCCAAGCGUGUCCCUGUGGCGCAGCACUCAGCCCAGAGCCGCUCACUCACCAGUGGAGCUCCAGCCCGAGUUCUGUGUCCUGCAAACUUCGCCCAGAGAGUCCCCGUGCAGCCCCAAAAACCUUUACAGCCCCAAAAACCGCCCAGCAACCAAACAGCGCAGCAGCUCCGGCCCAAACCGCCCCAGCAGGCCACUGUGAGACCUCAGGCUGCAAGCAAGAGCAGUGAAAAACCUCCCCAGGCUGCGGCACCUGCACAGAACCCUGAAGCAGAAAGCACCUCGAAACAGAAAACUGAGGAGACCAAGAAGAAAAGUGAAGAGACUAAGAAAAGGCAGUGGUCUCUUGAUGAUUUUGAAAUUGGUCGUCCUCUGGGGAAAGGAAAAUUUGGGAAUGUGUACCUGGCACGUGAAAAACAGAGCAAAUUCAUUCUUGCACUGAAAGUGCUCUUUAAAACACAGCUUGAGGAGGCUGGGGUAGAGCAUCAACUGCGAAGAGAAGUGGAAAUACAGUCUCACCUUAGGCACCCCAACAUUCUCAGAUUAUAUGGCUACUUCCAUGAUGUGACAAGAGUCUACCUGAUCCUGGAGCAUGCACCUCGUGGGGAGGUCUACAGGGAGCUUCAGAGGCUCACCAAGUUUGAUGAGCAAAGAACUGCUACUUACAUCACAGAACUGGCAGAUGCCCUCUCGUACUGUCACUCCAAGCGUGUGAUCCACAGAGACAUCAAGCCAGAGAACUUGCUGCUGGGAUCAAAUGGAGAGUUAAAAAUUGCUGACUUUGGGUGGUCUGUGCAUGCUCCAUCUUCUAGGAGAACAACUCUUUGUGGGACACUCGACUACCUACCUCCUGAAAUGAUUGAGGGAAGAACACAUGAUGAAAAGGUGGAUAUUUGGAGCCUGGGAGUUCUGUGCUAUGAGUUCCUUGUAGGGAAACCACCUUUUGAAACAAAAACCUAUCAAGAAACCUAUAGAGCUAUUUCAAGGGUGGAAUUCAAGUUUCCUCCAUUUGUAACAGAAGGUGCGAGGGAUUUAAUUUCCAAGCUCCUGAAGCACAACCCCUUCCAUCGCCUGCCCCUGAAGGAUGUGCUGCUCCACCCCUGGAUCACAGCAAACUCCACCAAGAUUCCCACCAGCAGGAAGAGUGAUGGUGCUGCCCCCUCCAAAACAUAGCCUGAGGAGGGAGGGUGACUCGUGGGAUGGACAAGAGGAGCCCUGUACUGUGACUACUGUCAUGCUUACAAUAGGAAAAGCAGGUCUUGGAAUCUAGUGGCAAUUGGGAUGCAAAUCCUUGGGUUGGCUGGUGUCUUAAACUCGAAUUGCAGCAUAAAAUUAUUUGACUUCUCUCUGGAGCUUGUGGAAUAUUUAAUGUACUUGAAAUCAGUUCCAUGUGGGCCAGUUUGCUGGUGUAAGUAUGAAGCUGUUGGAGGCUCUUGUGCUGAAAAUGGUUCCUUGUUCCACCACAAGGAAGUUGUUGUUCUGGCUUAUGGAACAGUGCAAUAUCCUGGAGAUGCCUGCUCCUCCCUCCCUGGGCUGCUCAGGGUCCUACCUGUGGUGUAACCUGAAACUGAGCGAGGUGUGAAUGCCUUUUUCAAGUGUUCCAAAAAUGAUGUGGCAAUUGGUUUUGUCUCUAGUUUUAAAUGUGAGCACUCAAUUUGUAAAAUAAAGACUUGUUAUACUGCA